GUUUAUUUGAAGCAUCGUGUAUUAAUGAAUAAAAGGUUCAAUCUGAACAUUGAGCUUUCGAUCUUGUAUAAAUAUUACUCGUUGAAAAAUUACAAUGUAUAUUAAAUAAAAAGAAAUAUAAAUUUCGUCAUGUCGUCUUGGAAAAUAAUUGAUUUAUAUUGCGUUUGUAUAAUAAAAAUAUUGGUUAAAAUUAAGGAUGCAUGAAAUUUACAGUUCAUUUGAUUUUCAUUAGCGUCAUGCCGAGAAACUAUAUUUGUAUACAAAAAUCAAUCAAUUCGCGGAUAGCUUUCGAAGACGCAACACGAUAAAGUGGAAAAGAAAUUUGUAAUUAUGUUAGUGAUCAAAUAACAACAUCAAGUACGUAUUUAACAUACAUGUGUACUGUUCUGAAAAGUCGAUAAUUCGGUGGUUGGAGAUAUUGUUAUGAAACGAAAAUUAUCUCACAUAUAUCUUUCAAAUUUUGAAGUUAUGGAGAAUGGAAGCAAGUUGUUAACAGUUCUUUUAAAAGUAUCGGAAAAAGCUGCUAAUAUUGCUAGAAUAUGUAGACAAAAUCAAUCAUUGUUUGACCUUCUGGUUCAAGAAAAAUCACAGGCAGAGAAAAAUCCAAUCUUUAGAGAUUUUAAAACUUUGGCCGACGUUUUGAUUCAAGAAACUAUUAAGCAUGAUAUAGCAUUAGAGUUUCCAGAGUUAGCGAAGGUUGUACAAGGCGAAGAAAACAAUACGUUUACCAAUGCACUUGGAGAGACAAUAGUUGUGGAAGUAUGUUCCACUUGUUUGGAAACAACUAAUCUAUUAGCCAAAGUCAUGGGUAAUGAUACAGAAACAGCUAUUUUUCUUGCGGAAGAAGUUCAUAAGGAAAUUCGAUUGAAAGAUGUGAAUACUGUGCAUGAUAUUCCUAAAGAUUUACCUCUACCUAUAGAAGAUCUUGGUAUAUGGAUAGAUCCAAUAGAUGCUACUGGAGAGUACGUGAAUUCUGAUGUAAGCAAAAUAAAAGGAUUAAAUUGUGUUACAGUAUUAAUAGGUGUAUACCUUAAAAGUACAGGAUUACCAGUGUUAGGUAUCAUAAAUAAACCAUUUGAUAAGUUACAUGAUAAUCAAAACAGGUGGAACGGUUUGUGUUAUUGGGGAUAUUUUAAUACCGAUACUAGCUUAUGUUGCUCAAGCAUUGGUAGGAGUUUUCUUAACGAUACAGAUGAGACAUGUAAAACUAUACUUAUUGGCCGAUUUGAAGAUGAAGAUUUAAAAUCUAAACUUAGAGAGGCAGGUUUCAUAUUAAUGGAACAAUCUGGUGCUGGAAACAAAUCAUUAAACGUGGCCUUAGGUAUGGCUGCUGCUUAUGUACUUUCCAAAAAUUCUACUUACAAAUGGGAUACGUGUGCUCCGCAAGCUAUAUUACGAGCUUUAGGUGGGGGUAUAGUAGAUUAUCAGAAAUUUGUCAAGUGUAAAGUUUUGGAUGAUUUAGAUGUAAAAUAUGUUACUACUAGUGAUAACGCAGCAAAUAGCGGUGGAAUAAUAGCAUAUCGUAAUAUCGAAAUGUUACUUACCUUGAAACAAAUUUUUUGGUGGUUUGUUCUCAGCGUUACACCUUCAGAAUUACAUAACAUCAUGAUUAGAUUCUCUCGUUACGUUUUUCUUGUCAUUUGGAUAAGUUUAUUUUUUUCUUAUGCUAAAGGCCUGAGGGAGGAUGAAAAAUCAUUACAUCUUGAUACCAUAUUUAUACGUUAUUACAAUCAUUCGCUUGUGGAUUAUGUGGACGAGAAGUUGAAUAAUAUUGAAUUGCUUGUUUCGAAAAUGGAUCCAAAUAAGCCAACGGUACUUUAUAUUCACGGCUAUAAAGAGUACGUUGACUUAGAGAGCGUGUCUACGAUAGUGUGCGCAUAUUUACAACGUAACGAUCACAACGUCCUGGCUCUCGACUAUAGGAAUAUCAGUAGAUUGAAUUACUUCGAGGUUUCUUGGAGCGUUACAUAUGUGGCACAUGCACUAGCUUCGGCUCUCAACAAAAUGGUUGUAGCUGGUUUAAAUCCUAAUAAACUUCAUAUUAUUGGUCACUCUAUGGGAGGCCAAGUAGCCGGACAUUUAAAGGAAGUGGCACAUUUUCAAAUACCGAGAAUCACAGGAUUAGAUCCCGCGGGUCCCUUAUUCAAUAUUAUCAAAUCUCGACUCACUUCGGCCGACGCUCAAUUCGUAGAUAUUAUUCAUACGGAUAGUGGAUUUUAUGGGAAUUCCAGGACUACAGGGAAUGUUGAUUUCUUCCCGAAUGGGGGCCAACGUUUGCAGCCAGGAUGUAAAAUAAAACCAUUUUUAAGUGUAGCUGAUUUCUGCAGUCAUUUUAUGUCAUGGAAAUUUUAUGCAAUAUCUCUACUCGAUGAGAAUUUAUUGACAGCGGUCAAAUGUUCUUCCUAUUUAAAAUUUCUCUCAGGAAAGUGCAACGGAAACAUGAAAAUUCCAAUGGGAUAUGCAACGCCAACUGACGCUACUGGAACCUUUUAUCUUAAGACUAGUACCGAUACUCUGUCUGCAUUAAAUGUACUUAAAAAGUGCUUGGCUCCAGCGGUAAAAUACCGUCCCACUGAUUACAUUACUAUCUUUUAACAUCAUACAUCAUCACGGAUAUGCGUCUACACAUGAGAGAAUAUACUUACAGUAAGUACGAUAAACACAGAAUUGUUUUGAAUAAAAUUUCUAUUUAUCAAGACUUAACUGAAAAA